AGCACGACAACCCCAACGUUGUUCGCGUCAUUUUCAUUUCUCAUUUCACACCCUUUCUUUUUCUUAAAAAAAAAUUAGCUAAACCACACCUCAGCGGUGCCCUAAAACAACAAAAACAAAAGAAAAACAAUAUUUUUUUAAAACCAAAGAAAAAAAUCGUUACUCACAUUUCCUAAUCAUGUCUGCUACAGUCCAGGACAACGGUGCGGCUCCUCCGGCACCGCCACCGCAGCAGCCGAACAAGCCGAUCCAGAUCGCCUCAAUCUACGUCGGCGACCUCGAUGCGACGAUCAACGAACCGCAGUUGGUGGAGCUUUUCAAGACCUUCGGCACGAUUCUGAACGUCCGUGUGUGCCGCGACAUCAUCACCCAGCGCUCCCUCGGAUACGGCUACGUCAACUUCGACAACCACAACGACGCCGAGAAGGCCAUCGAGGCGAUGAACUUCAAGCGCGUGGGCGACAAGUGCAUGCGCCUCAUGUGGCAGCAGCGCGACCCUGCUCUGCGCUACAGCGGCAACGGCAACAUCUUCGUGAAGAAUCUCGAGACGGAGGUGGACAGCAAGAGCCUACACGACCUCUUCACCAAGUUCGGCGCGAUCCUUUCCUGCAAAGUGAUGGAGGACGAGGAGGGCAAAAGCCGCGGCUACGGCUUCGUCCACUUCAAGGAGGAGACGUCCGCUACGGACGCCAUCGUGAAGAUGAACGGCUCGACCGAUCACGCCAACGAGGAGAAGAAAGCGUUGUACGUCGCCAACUUCAUCCGGCGCAACGCGCGUCUGGCGGCGCUGGUGGCGAACUUCACGAACGUGUACAUCAAGCAGGUGUUGCCCUCCGUGAACAAAGACGUCAUUGAGAAGUUCUUCGCCAAGUUCGGCGGCAUCACCUCGGCGGCGGCCUGCAAGGACAAGAGCGGCCGCGUCUUUGCGUUCUGCAACUUCGAGAAGCAUGACGACGCCGUGAAGGCGAUCGAGGCGAUGCACGACCACCACAUCGACGGCAUCACCGCCCCGGGCGAGAAGUUGUACGUGCAGCGGGCGCAGCCCCGCAGCGAGCGGCUGAUCGCGCUGCGCCAGAAGUACAUGCAGCACCAGUCCCUCGGUAACAACCUGUACGUUCGCAACUUUGACCCCGAGUUCACCGAUGCAGACUUGUUGGAGCUCUUCAAGGAGUACGGCAACGUGAAGAGUUGCCGUGUCAUGGUGAGCGAGAACGGCGCGAGCCGCGGCUUCGGCUUUGUCAGCUUCACCGACGCCGACGAGGCGAACGCUGCUCUGCGUGAAAUGAACGGCCGCAUGCUGAACGGCAAGCCUCUCAUCGUGAACAUCGCUCAGCGCCGUGACCAGCGCUACACCAUGCUGCGCAUGCAGUUCCAGCAGCGGCUGCAGAUGAUGAUGCGCCAGAUGCACCAGCAGAUGCCGUUUGUGGGCGGUCAGCAGGGCAGGCCAAUGCGCGGCCGGGGUGGUCGUCAGCAGCACGGCGGUCGUGCGCAGGGCCACCCGAUGCCGAUGCCGUCUCCGCAGCAGCAGCAGCAGCAACAGCCGCAGGUGGCGCCCCAGCAGCAGCAGAUCGGCUUUGCCACACCCGCCAAGUCUGGUUUUGUCUCGGCCACGCCGAAGCACUCGCCCGGUCAGGCGCCGGAGACACCGCCGCUGCCGCCGAUCACGCCGCAGGAGCUCGAGAGCAUGUCGCCGCAGGAGCAGCGCGCCGCCUUGGGUGACCGCCUCUUCCUCAAAGUGUACGACAUCGCCCCGGAGCUGGCGCCAAAGAUUACGGGUAUGUUCCUCGAGAUGAAGUUUAAGGACGCGUAUGAGCUGCUCAAUGACCAGAAGCGUCUGGAGGACCGUGUGACCGAGGCGCUGUGCGUGCUCCAAGCCCACCAGACUGCCUAA